UAGCACCUCCACCUCCAUGAUUUAGAAAAGAAAGCCAUUCGUGUGGGUCUUUCUUGAGGGGUCCUUAACAAUUACAAGAUUCACACCCCACGUUUUUCUUUCCUAUAUCUCUUUCUCUUCCCUCUACAUAAAACCCCUCUUCCACUCAUCUCAUCUCACACACCACAAUAACUCUCUCUCCCUCACUCACUUACUCACAAAACGCUAAACACACCUACUUUCUCACUAUUAUUACAAACUACACCCCCCCUCUCAAUUACUGUCUUAACCUCACACAACCAAACAUUAAUACACCAACCCAACUUCAAAACCAUAUCAUAAUAACAUCAUUUUCUUUACCAAAAAUUCUCAAAGAUCCAAUAACUUUCAAAAUCAUCUCAUUUUAGUUGGUCAUUGCUGUUAUUGAAACACAAAACAAUACAAUGGUUCAAACUGAUUAUAACACUAACUACAAUUCACCUUCACCACAAUCAUUGAGUUCUUCAAGUGAAGAAAACAGAGGGAAAAAGAGAGAAAGAGAUAACAACCUCAACAAUAACCGUAACAGUAACGUUAAUCGUAACGGUAACAGUAACUGUAACAGUAAACAUCCAGUUUACAGAGGAGUUAGAAUGCGCACGUGGGGAAAAUGGGUAUCAGAAAUCCGCGAACCACGGAAGAAAAACAGAAUAUGGUUAGGAACAUUCGCCACCGCGGAAAUGGCGGCGCGUGCACACGACGCGGCGGCACUAACAAUUAAAGGAACCUCCGCAAUCCUUAACUUCCCCGAACUCGCGGGUUUACUGCCCCGACCCGCUUCUAAAUCGCCUAGAGAUGUUCAAGCCGCGGCCGCCAAAGCCGCUUCGAUGGUUGCUCCGCCGUCUGCUUCCUCCUCCUCCUCUUCUUCUUCUUCAUCAUCGACGCCGGAGGAUCUCGACGAGAUUGUGGAACUACCAAGACUCGGAACAAGUUAUGAGUCACCCGACCCGAAUAACGAGUUUGUGUAUUUUGACCCGAUUGAUGAAUGGCAUUAUUCUUAUAGCAUUUAUGAUGAUGAAGAAGAGAAUGAUUAUGGUUAUGGUGGCAGUGAUUACUUCAACUUUGAUAUCAUCAAUGCAUGAUUCAGAAAACACGCUUCUCUCGUUGUGCUCAUGAACAACUCUUAAUUUUUGUUACCUACCUUUUUUUUUAGUGUGAUUUUUUUUUUUUUAAUUAUUUGCAUAUAGUACUAGUAUUUAUUUUGAUAUGGGUCCUUUGGCAAUUUUUAUUUGAAGGGCUAAAUAUAUAUAUAUUUUUUAAAUAGAUGUAUAUUUAUCGAAGAUUGUUCUCUACUUGCUCCCAUGGAAUUUAAUUUUUUUUGUUUCUAA